ACUACAAACUACAUUGCAGGGAAUACGGAGAUAAAUCAAUGCAACGAUGGCAGACAUAGCUGUAGAGAAAAUGAAGUUUGCACUCAAACAAGAAGAUCGUACCGGUGCUCUUGUAUUGAUGGUUACAGCAGACAAGGAAUCACGUGCACUGAUGUGGACGAAUGCCAAGUAAAAAGUGGAGGCUGCGUACACACUUGUAUAAAUACAUUAGGAAGCUACCAAUGCGGCUGCUAUGCCGGGUUUACCUUGCACAGAGAGGGAAAGGAUUGCUUAGAUAAAGAUGAAUGUACUACUGGAGAACACCGGUGUCAGCAUGAAUGUAUAAACACGAUAGGUAGUUACGAGUGUUCGUGUCCAAAAGGAAUGUAUUUAAAUGAAGACGGAAGGACAUGUUCAAAUGAUGCUGGUUGUUUAAAUCCAGACCUUGAUUGCGCUCACUAUUGUGUUGAUAUAGCCAACGGUCUGUCCAUCUGUCAGUGCAGACCAGGUUAUCUUUUAUCUGGUAGCAAGAACUGUAUACCCACAUGUUCUCUAGGUAAUGGAGGGUGUCAACACGUGUGUACAGAUUCACCAAUCGGACCACUCUGUAGCUGUCACGAAAAAUACAAUCUUCAUACCGAUGGAAGAACGUGUGUAGAGGCGUACGACGAUCCGGACGACUAUUCCUCCACUUCAGCGCUUCGCGCAGAUGAGGUUCUCGGUCCAAGACACAAUGGGGCAUCAUUAUCUGGGAUAGAGACAUGCGGUCUGAACAACGGUGGAUGUGAUCGGGAGUGUGAGGACACACCGACUGGUGUGCAGUGCAGCUGUCCUGAAGGUUUUGACCUGCUGGCCGAUGGGCGGACGUGUAAUGACCGUGACGAAUGCAUGGUGGAUAAUGGCGGUUGCUCUCAUUUUUGUACGAAUCGUUUAGGUUCAUAUGAAUGUACAUGUCCCAAAGGGUACAAGCUUACGUCAGAAGGACUUGCAUGUGAAGAUGUAAAUGAAUGCGCUAUGAAUGAUACCUGUGAUCACUCCUGCGUCAAUCUCCCGGGAAGCUUCAGAUGUCUUUGCGAUGCAGGCUUCCAAGCGUAUGGAAUAACACACUGCGGAGAUGUUGACGAAUGUUCGAUCAACAACGGAGGAUGUCAGCAUGGUUGUCAUAAUACACAGGGAAGCUACGAGUGUUUCUGCAGAGAAGGUUUUAAACUUCAUCCAAAUAGGAAAGAUUGUAUAGCCACUAGAUGUCUUCCGCUGAGGACACCAGCCCGUGCUAUCCUCCAGUGCGCCACAGAGGGUACCGACGAGGUCUGUUCUCUAUUCUGCGAGUCCAACUCGCACUUCAUAGCUUCAGGACAAGGAACGUUCAACUACCAGUGCGGCGAGAGUACGCAUUUCGAAUGGACUCAUGGCGCGACCAAUGAUACACUUCCUAGCUGUUCGGCUUCGACUGACGUCCCAAUGGUUAGUCGAAAGGCACGCCUUUUCUUCUCCACCAGCCGUUGUGAGCUACAGCGACGGGUCACACGCCAACUUUCCAAAACCAUCAACCAAAGGUUAUCAGGUACUGAAAGCCUGCCCGACGAGUCUAACACUGAGUCGACCUUUGACCCUGCUGACCCACCAGCGCCCUCAUCGGCGGCAUGGGAGAGCCGUAACUUCAAUUCUACAUCCCUCGCCAGUGACGCCGGAGGAUGUCGGAGAGAUUGUGAGGUGAGUUUUCUCAAUCUUAGCUGUGAUCAACAACCUGCUGCGAGGAGAAAACGAAUGGCUGGUCGACUGACAUCGUCUUCCUCCUCGAUCACGGAUGAUGGGGGAAGUGGAUCAUUGAUCACGGCUUAUGUGGAGAUCGUCAUCAGAGCCAGGCUCAAUGGAGAGACAUCCCGAUGUGAUUUGGAAUGUGUACGCAAGAAGUCGGAACGGAAGAUGAAACGGUUGAUCACCAAGCUCCGGAGGGCCAUCGAACGAGAUCAUUUCGUAGUUCAGAUCGACGGCAACGAGUACGAGAUGAGUCGGAACCUCAACGUGACCGAUGUCUCCGAAGCCAGCUGUCCACUGGGCCAUGUUAUGAUCGAUGCAGGACGAUGUGUGGCGUGCAGCAUGGGUACGUAUUACCAUGCACGGAGUGGGGGCUGUCUACCCUGUGCAGCGGGCACUUAUCAGGAUGAGGAAGGACAGUUAGAAUGCCGCAUGUGCCCCCAGCAGGAUCAACAGUUUGAUGUGACGGGGGCCCGUCAUAUAACAGAAUGUGGAGGUCAAUGCCGACCUGGAGAGCACUCUGUAGAUGGUUUCCAGCCAUGUGACCCGUGUCCAGUAGGGUCUUAUCAACCUGAGUCUGGUCGUACUCAUUGCCUACCAUGUAACGGCGGACUACUGACCCGGUUCUACGGAGCUACAUCAUUUGCUGACUGUCUAGCAAAAGAACACUGUGGACCUGGCACGUAUUAUAACGUCACAACCCACUCCUGCGAGAGAUGCCACAGAGGAUGGUAUCAACCACACCCAGCUAUGAACUACUGCAUCCGUUGCCCUGGCAACACCACCACGGAUGAAAAUGGAGUCGCUGAUGGAGAUCAGUGCAAAGAUACGACAUGCAGAGCUGAAAUUGGCCAGUACGUCGGAUACAUCGAGACACCAAACUUUCCUGGGGAUUACCCUGCCAAUGUAGACUGCACAUGGCAUAUCAAACCACCAAAGGGUCGAAAGGUCAUCUUUGUAGUUUCAGAGAUCUUCCUACGAAGAGAGGACCAAUGCGGUGACAUUGUGGUCAUUAGAAAAACAGCAUCGCCUUAUUCUACAACUUCAUUUGAGACGUGUGAGAAUGUUACGCGUCCCAUCGCGUUCCUUGCACAAUCUAAACGAGUGUGGAUCAGGUUCACAACGGACGCAGCACAUGCAGCCAAAGGCUUCCGAAUACACUACGCAAUGUACGAUGAAACGUAUGAAGAUCUAAUGAAAGACAUCGUGGGGGAUGGAAGGCUAUAUGAAUCAGAGUAUCACCAAGAAAUUCUAAAGAAUAAAGAGGUCCUAACAGCAUUAUUAGAGGUCAUAGCACAUCCCGAGAUAUACGACAACUACAGACUAGAAGAAUCAAGGUCGAUCCUACCACGUUCCUUCAUCAAACUCCUAAGGAAUAAGGUGGCCAGGUUCCUCUAUCCGGAGGAGAUGUUCCCUCCUGGUCACAAGGAUCUAGUAACUUCCGGUACAUGGGAUUAACAUUCUGUCCUGCCAUGUCAUUGCGAAGCUAGGAUGAUCUAGAACGAACUGUGUCCCCUGUGCUUGUGUUCUACCGCUUUGCUUUGUCAAAUAUUGACUGUCUUCCCUAUCGACCAGUCCAGGGCUGCCAAGUCUGCCUGUCAGGCAGGGAUUGUCAAGGAGGCUCCCUGAAAAUCGACGGAUUUUCGAGUGAAAACUGCAUAUUGUCAACGUCUCCCUGAUUAAUACAUUGAUCGCUUUCAUUGGUUUGUGUGUAUUUAAGAAAGUUCCCCUCCUAUUUCAGUAAUUUUUUCCUGAAAGCGGGGUAAAAAAGUUGGCAGUUCUGCCAGUCUAUAGUCUUUGGGCCAACCUUUAAGGUCAUUCUUCUAACUGCUACUUGAAGAUGACACCUGCUUGUUACAAGCGUCAUCUAGUUUCUAGUGGCAUUUUGACCUAUUAUAAAAAAGUUAUAACUUCAUAUUUUACCCAGGGUAGCCAUUUCAGCUCUUAUGGACUGUUCUCCCAAUUGGUUCUGCAUAACAUACCCUUCUCCGUUCCAAAAUACGUAGCGCCUUGAUAGAAGAGAGUCUCAUUUUCAAGUCUUUGUUAUGACUCAGUAUGACUCAGAACUUGCGACCUUCCGUUCGUCAGGCGGGCGUUGUUAUAAAAUUGGAUCAACAUGCCCAACUAACUUUGAAUUGAUCCCUCCCUGGAAGCAAGGUUUAUAGCGGUUUUAACUCUCGACUUGUAAACAAAGGUUUUCCCCCCACCUCAGCAGUUUUGUUACUAUUUUAUUUGGCAAGGAAAAGUUCUUAGAUUCUAGAAAACAGAAUUCCCCAGUCUUUUCAAAAUGCUAAGUUAUCUCGUUUCCCCAACAUUACCACUUGUCGUUCGAUAACCUGAAGACUUUGUUUUACCCAACAUGUAUUUUUGUGAUUCAUUUUGUAUAAAUCAUGUUCAAUGAGUAUGACGCUUUCGUCACUAAAUUUUUACUUUUCCGUAUGCACCAUGAUCGGUUAUUUAAUUAAUUUCAUCAAUUUAAAUUCUAGCGAAAUUGUUAGUUGAAAAGAAAGUGUAUUUUUGUUUAAUUUUGGAGGGAUAUAUUAUUAUAAUGAAAAAGGAGAAAGAGGAAGAACCUUUUUUAACCCAUAUUGUAUCAAUCAUUGAGAAUGUUUCUUGUUGAUGGCUCUUUUUAAUUUGUUUAUGUGCCAAUGACAGUUAUACAGUACCACCAAAUAUUUAAGUACUUAACGAAUACGUACUUCUAGUAUUAUUCCUUCUUGUCUAGGCGUGGCAUUAAAGAGAGGAAAUUUGUAUUUUAAAGAGAAAAGAUAUUUAAUUAUUCUGUACAUUUUCAUUGUAAAUUUCUUUAUUUUUCAUGUUUCCAUGGUGGUUUAGUGUUGUUCACCUGCGCUGAGCCUAAGGCCUGUACUGUAAAUGUAUACUAUGUCGAGCUAUAUUUAAACUCAUUUACGGUGAUGUGCAUAGAGCAUUUAUAUAGUAUAUUGCCACAUGGGCCCCCGUCUUACAAAGAGUUACGAUUGAUCCAAUCAAUCAUAACUCUAUGGAAAUCCAUCAGUGUCAUAAUUUUUUCUACAGGAAAUUUGCAAAAUGUCCUUUGUAAACAAAGGAGAACACAUCAUAUUGUCAAGAAAUCAAUGAAUUUAUGCAUAUACAUUCAUAUCUAGAAGCAAUUUUGAACAAACAUGCAUUUUCAAAUGUUGACUCUGUUGGCUUUCCAUAGUUGAUUGUGCGAUUGAUCGAAUCAAUCGCAACUCUUUGUAAGAUGGGCCCCUGGUCUACAUCCACUUCGGCGGCUACUUUUCAUUUGGUCUCAUCCGGCAUGGUCUAAUGCUAGUUCGUCUAGAACCAUAACGUCUACUUAGUAUUUGCUCUAAUUUGACAAUUUACCAUGUAAUUGUUAUCUAAUUUAUAUUGUGGUUAAACCCAGUUAAGUAAUAUCUAUUUGGCUUAGUGUCGAAUUUCCAGGCUAUACCAAUGUCAUCUAAUAGACCACUUUUAGAUGAACUGUUUAUGAAUCAAAGUUUCAUGUGACAAAGAAGAAAAAGAAUAAUUAGACAAAGUGGAAAUUAGACUAACUCGACAUUAGACUAAAUGAGAAUUAGAAUACCUGAGUAUUAGACCAAGUCUAGCGUAGACUGAACGGCUAUAAGACCAAAUUAAUAGUGGAACAAAUGGGUUUAUCCCAGGUGGUAUUGACAUACCUGAAAAGUAGACCAACGGCCUGUAGACCACAUGAAUAUCAUCUAUUUGCACUGGUAGACUCGUAAGUAUCGAAGCACAUGAGUCGGGGAUAAUAGUUAACUUUAGUCUAUGACAUAGAUAUGGACUAUUACAAGUCUAACGCGCUUUGUCAGUUACAUGUAGGCCUACAUUUAGAAAGUUGUGUGAACAUGGCUGAAGUAAUCUUGACAGUGACAUUUUAACAUUUUUUUACAUUAGAUUAUGUAUUGCGACUACAUGUAGAUGUAACAUUUUAGGCAGCUAGUCUAAAUAAAUCUUAGUCUUGUGACUCAACGUUUUUGCCUUUUUAAAUCUCUAAAACGCUAGACAUCACUCAUUAUUUAUUACUUAAGAUCGAAGAACAAAAAUCACUCCCAAACUGAAUUGAUAAAAAAAGCAAUUUUAUUAAAAAAUUCAAUAAAAUAUAAUUUAUCAAUCAGUAUUUAGUGCAAAAAUAUGUAUUCAUAAAAUUUGUAUCUGUUAAAAUUGUCGAAAUAGUUGUCAUAGUUACACAAAUAAACGUUUUAAGAGUUCUAAAAUAACUCAUUUUGUGAAGAAUAGCAUUAACCAUCAGUAUAAUUGGCAGAGUGUAUUCAAUAUUGAUCAUUAGCAUCAAAAUGGCCUUUAUUUAAUGAUAUUUCAUGUAUUGUACUAACCGGUCCCGCCUGUAUGAGUCAGCUCAUGAUGUAUAACAUGUGUAUUGCCAACGGGCAAACCAGGACCUUGUUUCACAUCGAGUUUUGAUUGUUCCAAUCAGUCUAAACUAUGGAAAGCCAUUAAUGUCAUAAUUCGUCAUACUAAAAAUGAAUGCGUAAUCUCGUAGGAAAUAAUGAAGAGCACACUGAUUUCUCAAGACGAUACAUUCAUGACAAAACAGCAUAUUUAGAAAACACCUUUUUGUCAAAUGGGUAAGCAUUCUAGAUGUUGGCGUCGCAGGCUUUCCAUAGAUGAGAUCGAUCAGAUAAUCAUAACUCUUUCAUAAGACGGGGACCAGUAAUUUAAGAAUAGAUUUUAUACCGAGUGAUAUAUAAUAAUCAUAAUAGAUAUCUUGAUGAUGACGUAGUAUUCCAGCUUGUGCUAAAUAUGUUUCAUCAGUCUCUUGCGUCCAAAGUAUGUAGACAUUUAAAUAUUGUUCUGCACGACUAUAUAUCCGUAUAAUUAUGCUUCGCUAUGCAAUCAAACAUAUCACACCUUUCCACAAUACAAACAGCAUUUUUCGUGUACUGUAGCAUGAUAAUUUCGUCUAGACUGAAGUCUUGAUGUUAAACUAUUUCAUGAGAGGAAAAGUAGCUUGAAAUUGUAUAAUUACAGUUUAUUGAACUAUACUAAAAAAAAUUGAAGUGCUCAUUCAGCACUUAAUGUCCUGUAUAGUGACUGCACUUUGAGUGCUGAUUUUCUAGUUCAAAUUUGAAUGACUAAAUCAGCACUCAAAGUGCAGUCACCAUACAAGGACAUGAAGUGCUAAAUUAGCACUUUAUUUUUAGAGUGUAAGUUUUUCGUGGAACACAUUCUAUAUGUUUGAAAAAUAUUUCAAUUUCAUGUGACACUUGUAGUUGAGCAUUAAAACUGACACCAUUUGGUGGCCCUUCUAGAGAACCACACCCUGAUGUGUUAAAGUUACGAGAGAUUGAACACCAGAUUCUGCAAAAACGCCGGUGUUAAUGUAACACCAGCCUGGUAUCUAUAUCGAUCCACACCAGAGAAGUGUUGAAACAACACCGGUUUGGCAUUAGGCUACCAUCAAUUUGGCAUUUAAGCAACACCAAUCAAUGUUAAACCAAUAUCGUUUUAUUCUUAACCGGGCUUGUUUCAACACCUCUCUGGUGUGGACCGAUAUAGAUACUGAGCUGGUGUUAUAUCAACAUCGGUGAUUUUGCAGUGUAAGAGUGUAAAAGUAACGACCAACGGCGUUGCAAUAACAUCCAUAGAUGUUGAACACCAAACACCAGAGUAAAGUGGCUUGUUUUGUGUUGUAUGUAGGGGUGUACCUUCACACCACAGUUUUCUCUUGUGAAGUUAUGUAAUAAUGUGAUAACGAUUAUUGUCCUUGCGACAUUAGCUUGGAAAGCCAAUCUAAAGGCUAUCACACACCUUACGAUUGGUCUGCGACCCAAUUUUGGAAUAAAGCGUAGUAGAAAUUGAUACUAUUAUUGAGACAUGGUAUAUGUUACUGUGUAAUGUUCUAAAUCAUCAUACGAAUACCUAUGUUCAAUCUGUGACUAUACUGUCAUCCUUAUCUAGUCGUAUUGACGUCAUAGCAAUCGUACGAUUGGCUACGAUUUGAAACUAAUUUGGCCUUUACUCCAAAAUAAAACCUUACAAUCAUCAUCAAAUGUUACAUUACAAUUCUUUAAGUUAAUUUUAACCUCAAAUAAAAAGAUACUUUUCAUUCACUUUUUUUGAAAAUGAGCAAAUUGCGAUUUGGUCUGAAAUCGGAUCGUAGACCAGGCGUAAGAUGUGUGACGGCCUUAAAGUUUAUGGAUUUCACAGCUCUUUUCAAUCGUUAUAACAUUAUUUAAUGAUUCCUAUCGACUUUUGUUAAUUAUAUUGAUUUCUUAAUUUCGUUAUGUUUACGUUCUGUUUUGCUAAGUGACAUUUAUUCGAUUUAUUAUUUUCUUAAUUCUGAUCUUUUUUCAAAUUUGAAUAUCUGUUUAAUAUAUUCUGCAUUUUAUUUACCUCCCUUCUCCUUUUUAUAAAGAAUACCAUUUUAUUAUCAUUAUUAAAAUUUAUUAAAAAUAUCAUAUAUAAUUAUCAUGUAUUACAAUAAGUAUUAUUAUUAAAUCUAACAAUCAUCAUCUUCAUAUCUGUUAAUGUACAUCGAGGAUGAAUAUUAUGAAUGUUAGAAAAGGGGUUAUGCUUAACAUCUUAGGUCUUACAAAUAUUUGAAUGUGAAAAAUUAAUCAUUAAAAAAAAAAUCUCAAACAAGGUGUUGAUGAUAUUGUAUUGCAAGAUCUAAGUAUUGUGAUAAAAUCUUACCAUAAUAAAUUCAAGAUUAUUUUGUUUGUUUGCCAUAUGAAUGUAAAUAAUUGUUGAUGCGCUAACGUAAUCUACGACAAAUAAACAAGGGCCAAAGAAUGAACUAUAAA